AUGGAUGUAACUUCUCAUCAGAACGCUCUUGCUCUUAAAGAGGCCGCCAACCGACCAAAGCGACUGCGCAUCACGCACCCCGAAUACAUGCGCAUGGGCGCGGCACUCGGGAUUCAGGAGUUCCGGCUUCUUUUGUUCCUCCAGCGCAGAGCGGGGCUCAGCAGGACCCCUGUGGACAGCCCGCUGGAGACGGGCGCCGGAAGCUGGGAGAACGAGGGGCUGGCUGAGAAGAAUUCUUUUUUCACUUGUCUGAGCCGCAAGGAGGUGGAGUCCGUGAGAGACCGGCUCAAGCUACGCUUGGGGGUCUUGUCGUCGAAGCAGCUUGUCUCCGGCCGGGGCCUGCUGGAUGCCGUUCAGGCCCUGGGCCUCACGAAGUACAGUGAGGAGGAUAUGAACGACUUCGUGAACCUUCUUGGCGACUUCAUCAGCCUUGAGUUUCGCCUCGCAAAGCGGGGCAGCCAGCGCUCCUUGAAUUCCUUCUUCAGCUUUGAGAAGUCUGCUAUGUCACCUACGGGUUCCUCAGACGUCCUGAAGCUGGGGGAGGCUACCUGGCACUGGCCCUCAACGGAAGAUGGCCCAUCCUUGAUCCGGUCGCACUCGGUUAAAGUGAAACGAAGAAGCCAGAAUGUUUGCUACGACUGUGUCCCAGCGGCGCCGCUGCAGGAAAUGUUGCUGUCAGAGGAGUCGGAGGUGCACAAGCGGAUCUUCGGGCAGAAGUUCAAUCAGUACCAGGCCAUCCGAGAGAUCCUGCUUGCAGGGGACACGAACCGGCUGGUGGCAGAGUUGACCUUUGUGCGCAUCAACGACUUGGCCGCACCCCCGGAGUCGAUGCACCCGAUCAUGUACCUCGAACCCAUCGUUGCCAUUCUCAUCGUUGGCAACGGGGUUAUGAUUGGCUUCCAGACGGAUCCGCGCUACAGGGACUGGCCUGGCUGGGUCUAUGUGGAGAUGGUCUUUGCCAUGUUCCUUGUUCUGGAGAUCAUCUUGCGCAUGUGGGUGCUGCGAUGUCGCGCUUACUGGUGCGGGCCGGAUUGCUGGUGGAACAUGUUCGAUAUCUUCCUGAUGACCACGAGCUUGUCUGACAUCGUGAUGCAGCUAGCGGGCGUCGUUCUGGACCUCGAGGGCACGUCCCUGCUACGGUUCUGCCGGCUCAUUCGUCUUGUCCGAAUCAUCAAGGUCUUCCGAGUCAAGAUCAUGAGGGACCUCCGCCUCAUGGUGAAGGGUCUGGUGGCAGGUGUCCGAACCCUGUCACUUGCCUUCGUGCUGCUGUUCACUGUCCUCUACGUUAUCGCAGGUUUCGCUACCAUGACAAUCGGGAACUGGGAGCAAACGGCAGAGAUCGGCCUUGACAAGUACUUCAACAACAUUCCCUGGUCGAUGUUCACAGCCUUUCGGUGCUUUACAGGCGAGUGCACCAGUGAUGAUGGCCGACCUCUCCAGUCGCUACUGGCCGCUGAGUACGGCGUCAUCUUUGUUGCUGGUUAUGUAGCCAGCUACAUGCUUGUGAGCAUGGGCAUUUUCAACCUGAUUCUUGCAGUCUAUGUGGAUAUCACAAUGAAGGCAGCUAAAGAAAGCGAUGCCAUGAGUGCUGAGCAGCAUUCUAGGGAAUCCAUUCGCGUAGCCCGGACGACGCGGGAGCUGUUGAAGAUAUUCAGCGCAGCAUAUCACUCCUUCCGGGACACCGCCGUGAAUGGGGAGUUGAUGAUGAGGACCCCAUCAGCGGCAGCAUACGUGGAGGAAGCCUCACAAGACCAGGUGGCCAUCACCAAAGAGCUCUUCUUGCUGGUGAUCCAGGACCGGCGUGCCCAGCAGUUGAUGGACGACCUGGAUUUGCCCCCGGAUCGAGCCAACCUGUUCGAGAUGCUAGACGCCGACGGCAGUGGAACGCUGCAGACCUCCGAGUUGCUUCAGGGCAUGUUGAAGAUCCGCGGUGAGGUGAACAAGAGCGACACCGUUGCUUCCCUCCUGGCCACCAAGGCCGUCCAAAGCCUGGUAACCCAAGUGAAGGAGCAGAACACCCUGCUGCUGGAGACAGCAACGGCCAUGAGCCAGAUGCAGCUGACGCAGCUCUCCCGCCUGGCAGCGCUGACCGACACGGUGGACGAUGCUCAGCAUGCUGAGGUGAUUGCGAAAAUUCAGUCACUGGGAACGGGAUUCGAUCACAGAGCACAGUGCACUCCGGAUCCGGCAGCAGGCUCGCGAAUCUCGAGCAAGGCCUUCCAUGUGCAAGCGCCACAGAGGCCUGGGUCGCCAUUGUGCCAUAUGGAGAAAUCGCCUUCUUUCGACUGA